AGCCACAGCAGCAGCAGCACUGUUUGGAAGCAGCAGCACGAGCAGCAGCAGCAGCACGAAGUGCAACAGCAGUUGCACCGGCUGCACGACCUGCAGCAGCACGAGGAGCAGCAUCACGGGCUCCAGCGGGAGGAUCAGCAGCAGCCGUAGUAGCGUAGCAGCAGCACGAACAGCAGCAGCAACAGCAGCAUAUGCAGCAGCAAGGCUGCUGCUAUUCUCCUAUCUAUUGCUGCUGCGGCUGCGGUGUCUACUGUAUAGAAUGCCUUAUAGAGGAGCAGCAUCAGCGGGGGCCCCCCGCAGGACAGAAGGAGGGGGGCCCCCAAGACGUUCUUCAUCUGCUGCUGCUUCAGGGGGCCCCCCUAAUACUUUUAUGAAGGCGUCUUCAUUCAGUUUGCUGCCUGACGCUUUCAUCAACCUUCAAGGGGGCCCCCCUCAAUUCUGUUCCUCUCCAGCAGCGCUGCUGCCUCCUGCUGCUGCUGCUCCUGCUCCUGCUGCUGCUGCUGCUCAAGAGCCAACGCUGCGGAGAGCCCCCUUAGGGUACUGCUGCACCCCGCAGGGCCCCCAGCAUAUGUCGCAGUGGGGGCCCCCUCAAAGGGGGGGGCCCCACAAUCGCCGCUGGUUCUGGCAGCAGAUACCUACGACGUCAGCAGCAGCAGCAGCAGCAGCAGCAUCUGCUGCUGCUGCUGCUUCUCCUACUUGUACUACUUCUGCAGCUGCUCGUGGAGGCGGUCGAUUCAUGCAGCAGCAGCGGGAAGGAGGCUCAGCAGCAGCAGAUGCAGCAGCAGCAGCAGCAGCAAAGCCCCUUUCAGCAGUAAUGCGCAGACGCAAGCAGCAGACCCAUCAGCAGCUGCGGCAGUCGGGUGGUGCGCAGCACCCGGAGAGUUUGCUGCAGCAGCAGCAUCAGCACCAGCCGCAGUGGGUGCAGCAGCAGCACCUGCAGCCGCAGUGGGUGCAGCAGCAGCACCCGCAGCCGCAGUGGGUGCAGCAGCAGCACCCGCAGCCGCAGUGGAUGCAGCAGCAGCAUUUCCUGCAGGCGCAGCAGCAGCAGUUCUUGCAGGCACAGCAGCAGCAGCAGUUCUUGCAGGCACAGCAGCAGCAGCAGUUGCUGCAGGCGCAGCAGCAGCAGCAGUUGCUGCAGGCGCAGCAGCAGCAGCAGUUGCUGCAGACGCAGCAGCUGCUGCAGCAGCCUCUACCGGAGAGUUUGCUGCAGCAGCAGCAUCAGCACCAGCCGCAGUGGGUGCAGCAGCAGCACCUGCAGCCGCAGUGGGUGCAGCAGCAGCACCCGCAGCCGCAGUGGGUGCAGCAGCAGCACCCGCAGCCGCAGUGGAUGCAGCAGCAGCAUUUCCUGCAGGCGCAGCAGCAGCAGUUCUUGCAGGCACAGCAGCAGCAGCAGUUCUUGCAGGCACAGCAGCAGCAGCAGUUGCUGCAGGCGCAGCAGCAGCAGCAGUUGCUGCAGGCGCAGCAGCAGCAGCAGUUGCUGCAGACGCAGCAGCUGCUGCAGCAGCCUCUACGCGCGUUGAUGGUGGAGGUGCAGCAGAAUAGCUAUUCGUGGCAGCAGCAGCAGCAGCAGCAGCAGGCCUUGUACUGGCAGCAGCAGCAGCAGCUGCUGCUGCAGCAGCGUGGGCCCCCGUCGCCGCCCUCGGAGGGGCCUAGAGCGGAGCAGCGGCGGUGGAGAGCAGCAGCAGCACCAGGAGCAGCAGCAGCACCAGCAGCAGCAGCAGCAACAGCAGCAAACAGCAGGUCGCCGUUGGCUGCCUUUGGGUGCUGA